AUGGGGUUUGAGGGAACGACAGUCACACCACAGAUCCGAGAACUGAUCCAGAAGCACCACCUGGGCUCCAUUCUGUUGACUGCAAAGAAUCUCAAAAGCGCUGAGCAGUGUACUGAACUUGUGCUUGAACUACAGAGAACAGCAUACGAAGCCGGUCAUCCAGUGCCACUUCUGAUAGGCCUUGACCAAGAGAAUGGCGGAGUCAACAGCCUGUUCGAUGAAAUCUACAUCCGCCAGUACCCAUCUGCAAUGGGUCUGGCUGCGACGGGCUCCAAAGACAUCGCAUACGAGGUAGCAAAGGCAACUGCUGAAGAGAUCGCAGCAUGUGGUCUCAACUUGAUGAUGGGGCCUUGCCUGGAUGUCCUGACGAAUGCCCGAAACCAGCCUCUAGGCGUACGCACGACGGGUGAUGAUCCUCAAGAAGUCUCUGCAUUCGGCAUCGCCUUUAUGAAGGGCUACAAGGAAGCUGGAGUUAGUACCAUGGGCAAGCAUUUUCCUUCGUACGGUAGCCUGGAAUUUCUCGGAUCAGCACUAGACGUUCCCACCAUUACCGAGAGCCUGGAGUCGUUGAGUCUAAACGCCUUGGUACCCUUUCGAAAUGCAAUCCGUGAAGGUCUUGACUCAAUCAUGGUCGGUGGUUGUGCCAUGUCUUCAGCCGGUCUGAACGUGAUGCACGCAUGCUUGUCCGAGCAAGUCGUCAACGACCUGCUCAGAAACGACCUCCAUUUUGAUGGUGUCGUCAUCUCUGAUUGCCUGGAGAUGGAAGCCCUGAGCCACAACAUUGGUGUCGGUGGUGGCACAGUCAUGGCGAUCAACGCUGGGUGUGACAUCGUGCUGCUCUGUCGUUCAUUCCAACAUCAACAAGAAGCCAUUUCAGGCUUCAAGCUUGGUCUCGAGAACGCCAUGAUUACCAAGGAUAGAAUCAAGCAGUCGCUACACCGAGUCCUCGACAUGAAGGCAAGAUGCACUUCUUGGGAGAGGGCGCUCAAUCCGCCUGGCGUCAGCCUGCUGUCUAACUUGCAGCCAUCACAUACAACACUUUCGACCAAAGCGUACAACUCAUCAAUUACCGUCGUCAGAGAUAAGAACCGCUUACUGCCUCUCACGAACAUCAUGGAACCCGAAGACGAACUACUCCUCCUUACACCGCUCGUCAAGCCUCUAGUGGCCUCUGCUGCAGCGCGAGCACUGUCAGAACAAGCGAGCAAUGGUUCUCCUGAACCAGCUGUAUGGGAUCGCAGCGCAUCCGUUAUGAGUGGCGAGCGUGUUUUCCGCGAAUUGGGCAGAUCACUCGCUCGACAACGAAGCGGCCGCGUUCUGCACACAUCUUACACAGCGAAUGGUGUGAGACCUCAGCACGAGAACCUGAUAAACCGGGCGAGCGCGAUGAUCAUCGUCACCGCCGAUGCAAAUCGGAAUUUGUAUCAGCACGGCUUUACGAAGCAUGUCUCGAUGAUAUGCAAUAUGCAAUACACGUCCAGUGGCGAGAAAAGAGAGAAGCCGCUGAUAGUUGUCGCUGUCAGCUCGCCAUACGAUUUUGCGAUGGACGCAAGUAUCGGUACUUACAUCUGCACAUACGACUUCACGGAAACGGCUUUGAUGUCCUUGGUCAAAGUACUAUACGGUGACUUCACAGCAGCAGGUGCCUUACCAGGAUCGAUCAGCCAAAGCCAGAAACUGUCUCAGUCAAAGCAGCAUUGGCUGGUGGAGUCUUUCAACGAGGAGCGCGACGCCAAUGGACUCGACGUGCUCAUCAAAGCCGUCGUUGAUGGCAAUACACCUGGUCUACACUCCGAGCUUGCCAGCGCCACGUCGAACUCGUUCUUGCUUCACAACCCUGACAUCCUCGAAUCACAUUAUGUCGUACGAAACAGCAGCACACAGGCUCUAUACGGCUUCUGCGCGACUUACUUCUUCAAGACGACAGGCACUGGGGUCAUGUCGGCGAUCUUCGUCGACCCAAGCCGAAGGAAGCUCUCCAUUGGACACUCACUGCACAACCGCGCCAUACGGACUCUGAUGCAGCGAGAGGGCGUGAAACGCUUUCAACUAGGCUCCAGGCUACCAAGUAUAUAUCUGGGCAUUCCAACCGGACAUGGCGGUGAGCGCAAGCGCCUGCGGUCGUGGUUCGCAGCUCUGGGUUGGAACACAGCCCUCUCGCGAGCCGUCUGUAGUAUGGUUGCUCGGAAUCUCGCCACGUGGACGCCUCCAGAUGGCAUGGCCAAAAGUCUGCAAAGCGCCGGUGUCGACUUUGACUUGGUCUAUGGCUGGGACUAUGCUGGCCCUGUACUCGAUCACAUCAAGACCAACCACAGACAAGGUCUUGCCGAAGUCUACAAGAUGGCGCUUGCAGAUGCAAGUGCCUGCGGCAUCAUUCGAGCCAAGCGACCUGAGGACGGCUCUCUUGUCGGCACGGUUGUACUAUACAACAUGUCUUCGCAGCUCGCCGAAUUCGUACCAAGCAUGAAAGAUCUGGGCGAGCUCGCAGGCGGUAUCUCGUCGCCUGUGAUCAGCCCCUCGGUCGGGGAAUACUCAACGCUGCUACAAGGGCUGAUCCUCUUGGGUAUGCGCCAGAUCAAGCAGCAGGGCUGCAAUGUCUGUGUCUUGGACUAUAUGGAUGGUGAUGGCAAUUUCGACGGCCUUAGUGCCAUGGGUUUCAGUGUUCUGCACAAUUUUGAGGAAGUCAGCUGUGACGCUGCAACGUGGACGAUGGUACCUUCUUGA